UCCCGGCCCGUGUGGAGCUCGGCGGCUGCAGACGCGGCGGCGGCGGCACGGCAGGCGGCGGCCUCGGGAGCGGCAACAUGAGCGGGUCACAGAACGAUGACAAAAGGCAAUUCCUGCUGGAGAGAUUGCUGGAUGCAGUAAAGCAGUGCCAGAUUCGCUUUGGAGGGAGAAAGGAGAUCGCUUCAGACUCUGACAGCAGGGUGACCUGUCUGUGUGCCCAGUUUGAAGCCGUCCUUCAGCAUGGCAUGAAGAGGAGCCGAGGAUUAGCGCUCACGGCUGCAGCCAUCAAGCAGGCGGCAGGCUUUGCCAGCAAAACUGAGACAGAGCCCGUGUUCUGGUUCUACGUGAAGGAGGUCCUCAACAAGCAUGAGCUGCAGCGCUUCCACUCCCUGCAUCACAUCACUGCAGACGUGGGCCGAGGCCGGGCCUGGCUGCGCUGUGCCCUCAACGAGCACUCCCUUGAGCGCUACCUGCACAUGCUCCUGGCUGACCGCGCCAGGCUCAGCACAUUCUAUGAAGACUGGUCUUUUGUGAUGGAUGAAGAAAGGUCCAGCAUGCUCCCUACCAUGGCAGCUGGUCUGAACUCCAUACUCUUUGCAAUUAACAUUGACAACAAGGAUUUGAAUGGGCAGAGCAAAUUUGUUCCCACUGUCUCCGACCUCUUAAAGGAGUCUACACAGAAUAUGACGUCUUUGCUGAAGGAGUCCACGCAGGGCAUGAGCAGCCUUCUCAGGGAGAUCACAGCAUCCUCUGCUGUCUCUAUUCUCAUCAAGCCGGAGCAGGAGACUGACCCUCUGCCUGUCAUAUCCAAGAACGUCCAUGUUGAUGCCAGAUGUAAAAGGGAGAGGAGGAGGAGGAAGAAGGUAACCAACAUUGUCUCUUUUGAUGAUGAUGAGGAGGAACAGAGCAUUGGGGACACUUUAAAAAAGAUGCCUGGGACCGCAGAAAGCUCGGAGGAGAACUCUGACCGCUCCUCCAUCAACAUCAUGUCAACCUUUGAAAGCCCGUUUGGGCCAAAUUCCAAUGGGAGCCAGAGCAGCAAUUCAUGGAAAAUUGAUUCUGUAUCUUUGAAUGGGGAGUUGGGCUACCAGAAGCUUGAUGUGAAAAGCAUUGAUGAUGAUGUGGAUGAAAAUGAGGAGGAUGUGUACAGGAACCCAGCAGGAAGGAAGCACACGGGCCACUCUGAGUCACCAGACAAGCCGCUGGAUGCGAGCACCUGCCUCCCCCCGGUACCUGGAUGGGCCCCGCUGCAGGUGCUCCACGGAGAUGCUGAUGCUGACACUGAUGUCCUCUUCCCUGUCAGUGGAGUGGGCUCCUAUGGUGCAGCAGAUGCCCCUGUGGGAAGUCUGGAGAAUGGGACAGGACCCGAGGACCACAUACUUCCAGAGUCUGGCCUUCGGUACAGUAUGGAAGCCAGUUCUCCAGGCCGCGGAAGUCCUCUGAGUAGCCUGUUACCAUCAGCCUCAAUGCCUGAGUCCAUGACAGUUCAUGAACUACGCCAAGCCAUCGUGGCCAUGAUGAACAGAAAGGAUGAACUGGAAGAAGAGAACGGGUCACUGAGGAAUCUCCUUGAUGGUGAGAUGGAGCACUCAGCCGCACUCCGGCAAGAGGUGGACGCCUUGAAAAGGAAGGUGACGGAGCAGCAGGAGCGCCAUACCACAAAGGUCCAGGCACUGGCAAGAGAAAACGAGGUGCUCAAAGUCCAGCUGAAGAAAUAUGUAGGAGCUGUCCAGAUGCUGAAAAGAGAAGGUCAAACAGCAGAAGUUGUCCCCAGUCUUUGGAACGUUGAUGGAGAAGUUGCAGUCCCUGAACAGAAGCCUGGGGAAGUUGCUGAGGAGCUGGCGAGCUCCUAUGAGAGGAAGCUCAUUGAGGUGGCUGAGAUGCAUGGGGAGCUGAUUGAGUUCAACGAGCGUCUACAUCGGGCCCUGGUGGCCAAGGAAGCCCUGGUGUCCCAGAUGAGGCAGGAGCUGAUUGACCUCCGAGGCCCUGUGCCUGGAGAUUUGAGCCAAACAUCUGAAGACCAGAGCUUGUCCGAUUUUGAAAUAUCAAAUCGGGCACUAAUCAAUGUCUGGAUCCCGUCUGUGUUUCUCCGAGGCAAAGCAGCCAACGCGUUCCACGUGUAUCAGGUCUACAUCCGGAUAAAGGAUGAUGAAUGGAACGUGUAUCGGCGGUACACUGAGUUCCGGGCGUUGCAUCACCAGCUGCAGAGUGCGUUCCCGCAAGUAAGGGCCUACAACUUCCCUCCCAAAAAGGCCAUCGGAAACAAGGAUGCCAAGUUCGUGGAGGAGCGACGAAAGCAGCUCCAGAGUUACCUCCGCAGCGUCAUGAACAAGGUCAUCCAGGUGGUUCCUGAGUUUGCUGCCAACCCCAAGAAGGAGACCCUGGUGCAGCUGGUGCCCUUCUUUGUGGAUAUUACUCCACCUGGAGAACCGCUGAACAAGAACAGUAGACCCAAAGUAGUCUCCCGCUUCCCUAAGCUGUCCCGAGGCCAACCCAGGGAGAUGCGCAAUGUGGAGCCUCAGAGUGGUGACCUCUGACCUCAGUGGAAUCCCAGACCCCAGCCACUUUGUGCUCAACCUAGCCAUGGCCGCUGGCUCUGGACACCUUGGCAGGAUGACCAUGUCCCCACAGAGAACACACUCUUCCUGCUGCCGCACGCAACCCAAUUAAAUUGGUCAGUUUCA